AUGUUAGUCCCCAAGAUAAAGCCCGGUCCCGCACCCGCGCGCGCGCACGGUCCCUCGUCGUCGGCUGUGGAUGUGGAGGACGAUGUGUUUAAGAAGGGUCCGCCGCGGAAGAAGAAGAAGGUCGUGCGGAGGGUGAUCGAGUCGGACGAUGAUGUCGAGGGGAGGGUGGUGGCGGUGGCGGGGGUGAAGAAGCCGCGCAUCGGCGUGUCGGCGUCGGCGGCGGCGAAGGGCAAGGCCCCCGCUACCUCUACCUCAACUACGACAAAACCCACACCGAAGAUCCCUUCGCCGAAGGUCAAGCCCAAGCCCGCGGUAGGACCUAAGAGCAAAAUCACGUCCUCCGAUACGAUCAGCAUUACCGACUCUUCAUCUGACGACGCGCCUGCACCUACACCCGCUCGUCGAAAGGCAGUUCGAGCGGCACAACCGCAGGAGGAGGAGGAGUCCGAUGAUGAUGUGCCUGUAAGGCGUCGGAAGGCUGUUAAGCGCGCAGCGCCUGAGGAUACGGAGAAUGAGCGAGGUCGCGGCAAACCCGCCGGACCCGUAGGAGCGACCCGCAGCUUGCUAGUGUAA